GCGGACACCAGCGUGAGUCAUUUGUAUAUCGUCGUAUCCACCAUGUUGCCGUUACUUUUCGUUUUAGGUUUGAGUGCCGCUUGUUUGGGGGAGGAGAUGGCCCUGUUCGUGUUGAACGCGGACGCAGUUACAGCUCAACCAGGGCAUGGGUCCGCGCAGACCCGCUUCAAACGACAGUCAACUAUCUCCUAUCAGGUCAACCAUUUCGCCGUGCAGGACCAGGAGCCUCAUGAGGCCCGAGGAGCAAACCCCACGGUCGCCCCUCGACCGGGGUACGGGGGUAGGGGAGCCCGCCAGCUCAGCCCUAAAUUCCCCACUACCCUCCUCCAAACACAACAGCGAGCACCCACUGACUACCUGGAUUACGGUGCGCAACAAUAUUCAUCUGGUCCUGACGCGCUACAACAACAAUAUUUUGGGAGCCUAGCCCAAUUCGCAGCUGAACAGCAAGGCGGCGUGCCAGCCGAAGAACCAGCCCAGCCGCAGCCACCAACGACAACCCUCUCGCCGGAGACUCAGGAGAAUAUCCGGGCACAGCAGGAGUACAAGGACCGGCACAUCAAGGAGCAAGAGCGGCUGGCCCUCGGGGUGCGCCGCCCGGCGCCGGGCCCCGCGCCCGGAGGCCAGGCCCCGGCGGGGCCCUUCGACGACGGGCCCAACCCGACGAUCCAGUUCGUCUCGGCCGGAGGGGCGCCCCUCAUCCAGCCGCAGCAGCAGUUCGCCCAAUACGAUUACGCUCAGGACGCCACCGGGAGCGACGCCCAGUACUACCCGGCCCCCGCCCCCGCCCCGGGCCCUGGAAGGCCGCUCUUCACCAGUGCUGAGAAUUCCGGCAAGUCGACUUUUACCAAGAGGUUAGUGCCGAAGAACUUCCAGCCGGGCAAGUCACUGCUCGACCCGACGCAGAGCUUCUCGUACACGCAGCUCCAGUUCGGCGACAACUCGCCCAACGAGAAAUACUACUCGAAACUGCACGACCUCAGGCAGAAACUAGUCCCCCAAGCAGAGCAGCACGUAGCGCAGCGCUCCGCUCCCAAACAGCGCCCGAAAUACGAACCAACCUACGUCUACGACACCGCCGCCUACCAGAUCGAAUCCUCCACCCCUAACUCGCUCCCGCAUUACGUGGCCUCCACCCCGAAGGCCCACUACGUCAGCCAGUACUACCACCCCACGGCGACGGCACGGCCCAGCCUCGUCUACACCCAGUCCUCCGGCGACAGUGGGCUCGUUCACCCUAAAGCCGAAUCCUCGACCGCCAAACCCGUCCUCAGGCCACAAUACAUAGCCACCACCCCCGAAUACUACUACGAAUCUACCCCCGCCCCUCAAUACGAGACCCCUAAACACCAGAAAAAGCUCCAGAAACUGAUUGCACCUGAUUUUGUAACGGCAGCUGGCGAACAGCAACUACGGCAGUUGCAGCGACUACAACAGCUCCAACAAGCCCAACAACAACAGAACUACGAGGCGCAAGGGAUCGAAUUCGACCAGGACCUCCAGCUCUACUCGCAGCCGACGAAAGGCUUCUACGCCAAUAUCAAGAAAGCGGCUGUUCAUACACCCAGCCCGAGCCCUGCUUACGCGACGGCGAGUCCCGCCUACGCCACCGCUCCCAGCAAGUCAGCCUACUUCGUUUCAACAGCCGCACCCCACACGGUCCGCGAGAGCAACCAGGAGGACUAUGGAAACAACGAGUUGAGUGAACUCUCCGUCCAAACACCGGACGGUCGAAAGCCACUCACCCCGGCUGAAAUCAAAGCCCUAGUCAGCGCCGGUUUUCACAUCCCCGAGCUGAAACACCAAGACCCGAGCGUGGCGGUUCAACCGGUUCGCCGGCCGGUCUACAGCUACCAACCGGUUCAGGGGCACCCCACGCGCGCCCCGGUCACUGAAACCCCCGACUACGUCACGCGGGUGAGCCCCACCUACACUCCGACGUAUACACCGGUGUAUUCGACGGCCUCGCCUUACGACGAUGUGGAUUCCAACCAGAGGGCCACCGAACAGAGGUACCGCUCGACGGUGUCCCACCUGACCGGGAGGAAAAGGGUGACCGUAGCGGCGACACCAGCGCCCCUAUCGGCCGAGGAGGAGAAACUCGGGCUGCCUCGAGAUGGAGUCCGGCACUAUUACAGGGUAGACGCCAGUGACAGCGGGACUGCGCCUCAAGCCUACGUCCUCGUAGGAGGGCACGUUCGGGCUCCUGUCCAGGGUCCAGCGAGAGGAUUGGGUCAGUAUUCGAGCCUCCUGGUGUCCAGGAGUGCUGAUCAAGGCAAGAAAACAGAGAAAGCGCCCUGAAAUCCUGUGAUUAAUCCAUUGAUGGAAUCAGAUUAUUGUGCAAGUCUAUGAUAUUGCUGAGCAGAGCACACACUCGGUGCAAAGCGUGGCGUGGUUUGCGAUGUAUCGAUUGUUAUGCCAUUUAAACCUGUGGAAAAGGAUCGAUAAACAGGGUGUUCGCAGCGAACACCUUAAUGAUCGAUUCUUUACCAUAGGUUUAAAUAGCAUAACAAUCGAUACAUCGCAAUUCACGCCACGCCACCGACUCAGCGUGUUCCCACGAUGACUCAAGUACCGCGUCGAAUGAUCCUUCAUUGAGUAGGCACUUCCUAUCUUCAGGGAUAGUCAUCGGGUGAGAUCAACGAGGCUGCAAAUCUGAUAAAAUACCAAAGUACAAAAUUUCAUUAAAAAUGUUCCUCGGAGAAAUAAGUACUGAUUGCAGAGGUGGAUUUACUUACGCUGACGUAUUUUUUCUGUUGAAUUUAGAAGGAGGAGAAAACCAUACCAGUGCGAUCAAAAUUAGGUUCUUAGAACUACAGAGUAACGUUCGUAAUGAUCUUCAACUUAAAUGCUUUUAUGUUAAGAAUUGUAAAUAAUGUAUUUAAAUUAGUUUCAAGGCAUUUGUGAUUAUUUUUCAGGGGCCAAAGAAGAACAAUAUAAAAGGACCAUACGAGCAUACGACGGAACUACAGUAAUAAAAAUUUAAAAUUUCGCUCA